UUCUCCUUGUCUUCCUCGGAAAGGACAAAACACAACCACCGCUUCUUCUCCUUCUCUCUUCCACUCUCACGGCCUCUGCUCCCAAAACCCUAACUUUCUCUCUCAAUUUUUAUUUUCCCUCUUUUAAUUUCAAUAAUAAUCAUAAUAAUAAUAACAAUUUAUCAUUGUUAAAUAAUCACUUCCUCUAUCUUUAUCUCAUACAAUUUUUUUUUUCUGUUCUAUCCUUUUCUGGUUUGAUCCUCAUCUCUUUAAUGGGUCUCUGUUUAUAGACUAACGUUUCUGUACAAUUUCAAUCUGAUUUUAUCUUUUCUUGCAUUAUUUGAGGAGAAUUUGAAAAAUAAAAUUGUUGUUUUGAUUUCUUGAUUCUGUGUUCAGCUGUCGAUUUCAAAUAAAUAAAAUUUUAUAUUCUAUUUAAAGGUUAUUUUUUAUUUUCUUAUGGCUGCGGUUGCUGAGAUCACUGGUGAGGCUGCAGCGGCUGUCAAUACUAAUAAUAAUACCAACAAUGACACGAAGAAUUUGGAUUCCGAUGUGAAGUCGAAAUCGGAAUCCGAAUUCAGAGUUCAAAAGCUUGUGGAUAUGUUCACAAAAUUGAAUCCUUUGGCAAAGGAAUUUUUCCCUUCUUCUUACCAUAAUAAUAAUAACACUCAAAACAAUCUUCAUCUCAAUGAUUUGGCUGAGCCCAAUAAGCAAUCGGCCAAUGACAAUUUUCCCACUAAUCGAAGGAGAAGAAACAACUAUAACCAGGGGAAGAGGAGGUUGAAUGGGAGAGCUUAUAGAGCACAACGGGAGGAUAGUAUUAGACGAACAGUAUAUGUGUCCGACAUUGAUCAGCAUGUAACUGAAGAGAGGCUUGCUGGCUUGUUUAGUGGUUGCGGUCAAGUUGUUGAUUGCCGAGUCUGUGGAGAUCCACAUUCAGUUCUUCGUUUUGCAUUUGUGGAGUUUGCUGAUGAGCAAGGUGCAAGAGCAGCUUUGAACCUUGGUGGAACGAUGCUAGGUUACUAUCCUGUCAGAGUGUUACCUUCAAAAACUGCCAUCCUUCCAGUGAAUCCUACAUUUCUCCCUAGGUCAGAAGAUGAACGGGAGAUGUGUAGCAGGACAGUAUACUGUACAAAUAUUGAUAAAAAGGCUUCUCAGGCUGAAGUAAAAAAUUUCUUUGAAUCGACCUGUGGUGAGGUUAUCCGCUUGAGGCUUUUGGGGGAUCAUGUCCAUUCAAGUCGUAUAGCUUUUGUUGAAUUUGCCAUGGCAGAAAGUGCCAUUAUUGCUCUGAAUUGCAGUGGAAUGAUCUUGGGAAGCCAACCCAUCAGGGUAAGUCCAUCAAAAACACCUGUGAGGGCGCGAGUUGCUAGCAUAAAAUAGUGUUGAGAGUUUCAGAUCUAUGGAUGGAAUUUUGUUGAUUUCCCAGUUGAGAGGAAUUCCAUUGUGUUGAUGGGGUGGUGAAACGUUCUUUUGUUUCAGUGUUUCCAUCUUUUCCACAGCAACAGUUACUUUUUUCUGUGACUGAAACAUGUUGUAAACCUGCUUCAAACUGAAGUUUUUACAAGACUGUCUCAGUCUCGAUUUCUUUUAUCUUGUUCCAUCCAAUAUUUUGGAAAAUUCAAUUUUAUUAACUUUGAUAAUGUGAGUUUCAAUUAUCAUUCCUGGUUGCA